AUGAACACGAAUCAUACUUGCACGAAGAGUCGUCGUCCCACGCGUUCCGCCGACACGGAAUCCUUGUAUGACGAAGUGUUACACAAAAUCGACGAUAGCAUUUUAUCCGUCAAAUUAACUAAGAACAAACAUCGCAUAGAGACUACAGAUAAAUACACAGUCAAGCCUGUCAAACCUUCCAUUCUUGUUAAUUGCGUGGAUAAAUAUGGUAACGAAUGCAAGAAAGAUUGUCCGAAAGUCAAGGUAAUACACAAUCAACCACCUCCUCCGAAAAAACCGGAAGAAGAAAUGCUCAUACUACAAUCAAUACAGCAUAUUACUCCCUACAACGAUUUGAAACACAGCAUUGAGGUGGAAUUUAAGUCGCCACGGAAUUAUAUUCCGUUACCAGAACCUGGGCCAUCCCCACCCAUAAUCGUUCCAAAAGAGACCAUUAUCGUGAAACCGGAUAAGCCGAAAAAGAAGUAA